AUUCCCCGGCGGCAAGGAGACGGCCCGUGCAGACACAACAAUCCGAAGAAAAGACAGCUAUUUGAACUAUUCCUCGAAGAAUUUAUCCAAUAAAUCUGUUAGUUGAUAUUAUCAUCUUGUGACUCCCUGAUCAUGAUAGACACAGUGGAAGGAUCUUCCUCCCAAGCCGGCAGUGGCACACUGCAGGAUCUUUGUCAAAGUAGGGCGGUGCAUGCGGCAACAAAUGACAGUAAUUGUUUUGGUAUUUGGUCACGUCACAGUGCUUUGCGCAAGAAAGCUGCUAAAUGUCAGAGGAAGAAAGUGAGCAUGUAUAAAUUGGCUUUAGAAAAGGCUACUGUGUUGGAAGAAUUGCUUCAUGAUGUUUGUCUUGCCCUUUCGCCUCAACCAAUUGAUUAUGAUGCUCGGAGAAAUUUGAUCCGUGUUUUUAAUGAAAUUGCCCUUGAGAUUUAUGGCUGUUCUGGUCAUGUUCCUGUUGUGGUGGAGUUUGGAUCUUUCUCAAUGGAUCUGUUUCAAGAAAAAAGUGAUCUCGAUCUAUCUAUAAAUUUUAGUGAUCUUGACAUCCCGCAUGACAAGAAGAUUCAAACUCUUUGCACGUUUGAAAAGAAGCUUUCUUUACUUCAGUGUAGUGGACAUGUUUAUGGUGUCAACCCUAUUACCACCGCCAAGGUGCCUGUUCUAAAAGUUGUUGACAGUGGAACUGGGAUUGAGUGUGAUAUAUCAGUUGGAAACAUGGAUGGAAUUUUGAAAUCCAAGACUCUCUACUUUAUUUCUCUCAUUGAUGAAAGGUUCCGAAAACUAUGUUUUUUGAUGAAAGCAUGGGCCAAAGCACAAAAUAUUAACAGUGCCAGGGACAGAACCUUGAACUCAUUAAGUAUAAUACUUCUAGUGGCAUUUCACUUGCAGACUCGUAAUCCUCGGAUACUGCCACCUUUUUCUGCCAUAUUAAAAGAUGGCUAUGAUGCCGGAGCUGUGGAAAAAUCUAUAAGUAAGUUUAAAAAUUAUGGACAGAAGAAUACAGAAGGGGUGGCAGAGCUGUUUUUUACGUUGUUACUAAAGUUAUCAUCAGUUAAGAAGCUUUGGUCCCAAGGUCUGUGUGCCAGCACUUAUGAUGGAAAUUGGAUAUUUAAAACACGGGGUCGUAAAGCUGCCUGCAUUCGUGUUGAGGAUUUCCAUGAUGGGGAUCAAAAUGUUUCAAGGGCUGUAGGAGUGGGAGAAAUGAAAACAAUUUACAAUUGCAUUGACCUAUCAAUUAAUCACAUUUCUGAAUUUUUGGGAGGCCGGAUGGAAGGAUAUACAUUACGAGAAUUUUUGUUCGGCAAAGAUGGGGCCAUAUCAGUAUGCAAAGUUCCUAUGAAUUUCAAUGCAGAUGGGCUAAUAACAGUUUGGCCGCCCCCUAGAAUAGAGGACAAAGAUACAGAUUUUCAAAAAUCAACUCAACCAGGUGAUCAUAGGAAUUUGUCAAAACAGCCUUGUAGUAAGAAUUUCAAUGCGGGUGAGGCAAAAACUGAAAUGCCGUUGAAUGAAACUAGAAUAGAUGACAAAGAUUCAAGCGGUCUAAAAUCGACUCAACAACCAGGUGAGGGCAGGGAUCAGUCAGCACAGCCUAGUAGUAAGAAUUUCAAUGCGAAUGUGGCAAAAAGUGAAGUGCCAUUGAGUACUACUGGAAUACAAGACAUUGAAGACAAAGAUGCAAGUGGUCUAAAAUCCACUCAACAGGGCGGGGGUUGGGAUCAAUCAGCACAGCCGAGUAGUAAGAAUUUCAAUGCAGAUAUGGUAAAAACUGAAAUGCCGUUGAAUGAAACUAGAAUAGACUACAAACAUUCAAGUGGUCUAAAAUCGGCUCAGCGACCAGGUGAGAGCAUGGAUCAGUCAGCACAGCCUAGUAAGAACAAUUGCAAUGCGAAUGUGGCAAAAGAUGAAGUGCCAUUGAGUACUACUAGAAUACAAGACAUUGAAGACAAAGAUACAAGUGUUCUAAAAUCGACUCAACAAGGUGAAGGUUGGGAUCAGUCAGCACAGCCUAGUAAGAACAAUUGCAAUGCGAAUGUGGCAAAAGAUGAAGUGCCAUUGAGUACUACUAGAAUACAAGACAUUGAAGACAAAGAUACAAGUGUUCUAAAAUCGACUCAACAAGGUGAAGGUUGGGAUCAAUCAACACAGCCUAGCAGUAAGAAUUUCAAUGCAGAUAUGGCAAAAACUGAAAUGCCGUUGAAUGCUACUAAAAUAGAUCGCAAAGAUUCAAGUGGUCGAAAACAGACUAAACAACCAAAUAAGGGUAGGGAUCAAUCAUCACAGCGUAGCCGUAAUCAAACCACCUCGGGAAAGAGGAAAAGAAGUGAUGGGUCAUCUCUUCCAUCUACUCUUUUUGGGAAGCCACAUGGAUACGGUAAGAUGAAAAGUCAAUGUUCUAUGCCGUAUGAUAUGUCAAGGCGGGAACACAUCGAACACCAAGGAGUCUUAUCUUGGGAUGGACUAGGACGAACUCCGCACGUUUUAAAUGGAGCAGGACACACACUACCUACCCACCCGAACGAGACAAGACAUACAAGUGCUUAUGGGGAAUUGUGUUAUCAUGAGACUGAUAGAAUCCCAUAUCUACCUACUCCUGUUUCUUAUCCUAUCUAUGCAUCAUCUGGCACUCGUAACUGGAUAUCUUCUGGCUAUACGAGGGAGGCUGACAUAGCCACAACUUUUGCUACUCAAAUGGUCUACCCUGAUUAUUAUCAUUACAACCAGCUACAUUUUAGAGCUCCACAUUUUGCCACUCCAAGUGUUUAUCCUACUUCUACACCUAUAGUAACCCAGAUGGUUCCAAACUGUGCUCAUGGUACUUAUGGAGCAGGGAAUUUUCCAUCUGCUUCUAUGAUGCCAGGAUAUCCUCCUAAUCUGCUCUAUAGGACAAACUCUUCCCAUCCCCAGGUUAACUCUUCUACUAAUGAACUUGCUUGGUUUAGACGAGUCCUCUGAAGUAAAAGUUUUCUUUUGAUUUCAUGACAUCGCCUAAUAUUGUAAAUGCCAACAGUCCGACAAAGGAGGAAUUAGAUUUUUCAUUAUGGUCAUUGGCUUUAUGUUCAGCUCUUACCUGGAGUGUUUCGAGCUAGUGUAUUUCCUCUUUUUCGUCUUGGCUUUAAUUCCCGAGCUGUAUGAUUAAGUCAUUCUGUACAGGGUGUGUUUUUUUA